AUCAUUGUCAGUAUUCAAGCAUUCAGGAAUGACUAUUACUUUAGAAAAUAAGCAUCUAGCAUUAGGUGCAGCUUCUCUAUUAGCUACUUUUCAAUUAUACAGAACUUUCUCAUCUAUUUUCGCCAACACGAAGCCAACAAAGCAUACAAAUGGUUUCAGCGUUCAAGUUGAACGCGGCUUGGGUUCUUUAGACCCUGAUAGUGAAUUAGGAAAGGGGGUUAAUGAGGUAUACCCACCUGAUGCAUUCGAAGGUGGUUCAGAUGUCCGUUUACCGAAUGGACGCGUGAAGUAUUACCUUCUCGGACCAGAAGAGGGUGAUAAGAUCGUUCUCGUGCAUGGAUUUAGCAGUCCAUGUCUCGUUUGGCGCGAACUUGGGACAAGUCUCGCUAAUGCUGGUUUCAGAGUGUUGAUGUAUGAUCACUAUGGUAGAGGUUAUUCAGACCAUCCUAUUGUUCCAUACAAUGGGCCAUUAUAUACAACAACACUCGCUUUGUUAAUGAACCACGUCGGUUUCGAAAAAGCGCACAUUUGCGGUUAUUCUAUGGGUGCUCCUAUAUCGAUCAGCUUUGCUGAUAUUUUCCCACAUAUGGUUUCAAAGAUCAUACUUCUCGCUCCGGCAGGGUUGAUGGAUCCUACCCCAUUUAGACUCACACGCCAGAUCGAUCCAACGAGUUUUAUUGAGGCUCCAUCAUGGUUGAAGAGACUUAUGAGACCGUCAGGUCCUGUUAACUACGACGCAAAGAGUAUGCCGGAAAAUGUCAGAAUGUUGGCAAAGUUGUCCGAAAUACAAUCAAAACGUCCACCAUUCGUUCAUGCUUUAUUGUCUACUCUUAGAGAGGGCAUUCUUUUCGAUCAAGAUGAAAUAUACAAAGCUAUUGGUAGACGCAGAAAAAAUCCAAUACACAUCAUAUGGGGAACUGUUGAUAAAAUUGUUCCAUAUUCACUGAGCGAACGCAUGCUUGAGUACCUCCCAAGUGCAACAUUAGAUACUAUAGAAGGUGCAGGUCACGAUCUUGUUAUCACAAACUCGGAGCAUGUCCAGAAAUCCAUCAUCGAUUUCCUCAAUGGAAGGGAAUAGAAGUAUGUUAUUAAAAAGAUAUUAGAAGCUUUACAAUAGAUGUAGGAUAAAUGAUAAGCAUUAGAGAAACUUGAUAUAUU